AUGUCCCAUCCUCGCCUUUUGCACCUGUCAGAUACUGAUCUACGUUUUCCGAGCAGCAAGGAUCAUCAUGGCGCUUUUGGCUCAUCUGCUCCCUCGACAAGACAUGGGGAGAAGGAACCUGGAUCGCAAAGCACGGUGGACAAGAAGCGGGUGAGCUUGCAACAGAGACUUCCGACUCGAUUUGACACAGCUCCACCGAGAUGCUUGGCUUCUGAUGUCCUCAAGGAUCGUGGAGCCGAAUUGGUGGCAGACGAGCGUGGGACAAUGGUGGCCGAUGGGCGAGGGGGUUUGGACCAGCCUGCAAGCGAUGCCCGGCAGCGCCUGCCUGGCAGCCCGCCGACAGUGUAG